UUGUGGACACGUGGCUGUGUUCGGAGGGCUCAGGCCGUCACUUUUCUACAAGGUUUUCAACGCGAAAGGGAAACUUAAAAGACCUCAGUUAGUUCACUGGUGAGAACUCUGUAAGUAGUGAGGCUGUGGCCCCGACGACCCGACCUUCUUGGACAGCAGUGUCCAUACGCAGUGUUUCUUCAGUACCAUGGAUGUUGGUGAUCAUUACUACGUGUUAUUUAACGCUCUCAUCGAUCGAGAGGCCGCAUUUUGAAAACACGCGAGGCCAAGUGCAAAGUGAUGAAACUAUCCCUUGGAGAAGAACAGGAUGGUGUAGAGAAGGACCUCCGUUUCCCUGCAGAAAUCAUGGUGGAGGCAGAACAGCAACAGGCAUGGAAGAAGAACUUUUACUUGGAAUUACCCAAAGUGGAACUUCAUGCCCACUUGAAUGGAUCCAUUAGUUCUAAAACCAUGAGGAAGUUAAUAGCCAAGAAGCCAGACCUGAAAAUCCACGAUUGGAUGACUAUGAUUGACAAGGGAAAGAAGAGAACUCUGGAAGAAUGUUUCCAGAUGUUUCAGCUAAUUCAUCAGCUUACUACUAACCCUGAAGAUAUCCUAAUGGUUACAAAAGAUGUUAUUAAAGAAUUUGCAGAUGAUGGUGUCAAGUACCUGGAACUGAGGAGCACACCCAGAAGAGAAAAUGCCACAGGAAUGACGAAAAAGACUUAUGUGGAAUCGAUUCUUGAGGGAAUCAAACAGUCCAAACAAGAAAACUUUGACAUUGAUGUUAGGUAUCUGUUAGCAAUCGACAGAAGAGGGGGCCCUUCAGUAGCUAAGGAGACUGUUAAACUUGCAGAAGAGUUCUUCCUUUCUACUGAGGAGAUAGUCCUUGGCCUUGACCUCAGUGGAGACCCAACAGCAGGACAAGCAAAAGACUUCUUGGAACCUCUUUUGGAAGCUAAAAAGGCAGGUCUGAAGUUGGCAUUGCAUCUCUCAGAGAUUCCAAACCAAAACAAAGAAACACAGAUGCUCCUGGAUCUGCUUCCUAACAGAAUCGGGCAUGGGACAUUUCUCAACUCCUCUGAGGGAGGGUCCCUGGAUCUGGUGGACUUUGUGAGGCUGCACCAGAUCCCCCUGGAACUCUGUCUGACCUCCAAUGUCAAGAGCCAGACAGUCCCAUCGUACGACCAGCAUCAUUUUGGGUUUUGGCACAGCAUCGCCCAUCCUUCUGUGAUCUGUACUGAUGAUAAGGGUGUUUUUGCAACACACCUUUCUCAAGAGUACCAGCUAGCAGCGGAAACAUUUAACUUGACCCAGUCUCAAGUGUGGGAUCUGUCUUAUGAAGCUAUUGACUACAUCUUUGCUCCAGACAGUACCAGAUCUGAACUAAGGAAGAAGUGGAAUCAUCUUAAGCCCCAAGUGUUACAUUUUUAAGCUGUAACAAGGUGAACUACCUUUUGUUUACCUGCUGCAACAGCAUCGUCCCACAAUAUCCCCUUUGACGUCUAAGUAGCCAGAAUGCUUGUGUUAAGCUGACUAGAAGGCUCCGAGGUCUUACAUAGCUUAUCUCUUUGCUUCCUACUGAAGGAAUCUGCCGGGAAACUCCAUUCCCACCUGUAGAUUUGUUUUGUUUUGUUUUUAAUUUUGUCAAGGAAACACUAUCCUACUUGUAGAUUUUUUAAAUUUCAUAGCUUCUCCCCUUUAGCUAUCACAGAACUUCAGGGAGCUCAAAGUAGCUUCUUACUCGGACAACUUUUGCAGUCACUAGUGGACAUUAUUAAGUAAUGGGAAGGGGCUAACAGGUUGCUGUCCAGCCCUCUAGCUUGUGACAGCAGCUCUGCUUAUUGUGCAGACUUGAAUCAGACUCCCUUCCCUGGCCACACCUGUGCCGGAAUCCUGCAAGACCGGGACUCCAGGCCACACUGCACACUGUCUGUAUGUGAAUGUCCAGCAGCCAGGGCACCUCUAGUGACACAUUAGGCCAGUUGCGUUAAACGGGCUAGAGUCACUGCUUCAACCUAGGAGUAAAUUGUUGUGAGGGUUCAUAAGCUGUGGAUAUUUUGCCACCAUUAAAAAUGUUGUAGAAUAAAAUGACAUGAAAAUGUUCUGUAUAAUACAUACAAUUAAAAAAAUGUUUUUAUGUAA